AUGAUUAUAAGAAAAAGUAUAAUCGAGACUCUCAAAGAGUUCUGGCAUACAACGUCUAUUGGCGGGAUUAAGCAGAUACGAAAUUUGGAGAACUCAAAAUUCGAGAGAGUAUGCUACAUAGCUAUCUUCUGCAUCACAUUCACAACAGCUUGUCUGUUCUUACGGUAUACCUGGGAUUCUACAUUCACCACACCCCUGAUUGUAACAGCUGAGUCGUUUACAUAUCCCAUAAAAGAUAUAGAUUUUCCGGCAGUCGCUUUGUGUAAUUUCAACAGAAUCAGCAAAAAGGCUUUGGAGGAGUAUAGUUUGCUUGCUAUGAAAAAGUCACUUAAAUCAGGCCGAAGGAAUGUAACCCUUAUUCAACUCAGGGAUUACCUACAGUCAUAUGGUAAACUUAUUGAUUAUCUAUACGACGGCAACCUGCAAAGGAUUAUAGAUGACGCUCUUCUAGAUGAAUUAGAAAUCAAUAUUCCAAAUCUAAUGCAGAAGCUCUCGCCCCGUUGCGACGAAAUGCUGAUCAAAUGCAAGUGGGCAGGACGAGAAGUGAACUGUUCGGAGAUUUUUCAUACCCGAAGAACAGGUCUAGGACAUUGCUGUGCUUUCAAUUAUGUACUCGAUAUGAACUCUGCGGACAGACCCUCUAAGACCAUUGCUCCAGUGAAAAGACAAAAAGUGCCAGGGCCCCACGACGGCCUUCUAGUAAUCGCAGAUCCAAUGCCUGAAGACGACGUCUAUCAAAAAGCAAAAAGAAAUGGCUUUCAAGUUCUAAUUUACGACCCACGACAAUUCCCCGAAAUGAGCGGAGGUAAGGCCCAGUAUCGUAUAGCGCAGCCAAAUCAAGUGGAUGUAUUACAAAUUAAAUCCAUAAAGCAAUAUGCAGCACCUGAAGUUCAUAAUUAUCCUCGUAGCACGGUAUGA